AUGAUGCUAUCAAGAACAAAACCUGCUAUGGGAUCUGGAACAUUGCCAGCUGGAAAGGACACAAAAAGGGGGAAAAAACUGCCAACUGUUGAAGAGUUUCUUGAAAUGAGAGACUAUACCGGUGCAAUUACACUGCUUGAGUUUAGCCGGAAUUCUGGAAAGGGGAAUGGGGAAACUGAUAUGUGGAUAGCAUACUGUGCUUUCCAUCUUGGAGAUUACAAACGUGCUUUGGAGGAAUAUGAAAGAUUGUCAAAACGAGAAGGUGUAAGCCCUGAUAUUUGGUUGUAUAUUGCAUGCUGCCAGUUUUUUUUGGGAAUGUAUCCUGAAGCAGAUGAAAACUGCAGUAAAUGUUCUAAAAGUCGACUCCAAAACAGAUUACAGUUUCAUCUUUCUCACAAGUUUGGAGAUGAGCGCCGUCUGAUGAGUUUUCAUCAAAGUCUACAGGAUAUUAUUGAAGAUCAAUUGUCUUUGGCAUCAAUUCACUAUCUCCGCAGCCACUAUCAGGAAGCCAUUGAUAUUUACAAGAGAAUAUUGCUAGAUAACAGAGACUACCUAGCUCUCAAUGUGUAUGUUGCCUUGUGUUAUUAUAAACUGGACUAUUACGAUGUUUCUCAGGAAGUUCUGGCAGUAUACUUGCAACAGUAUCAGGAUAGUGCCAUUGCUCUCAACCUUAGAGCUUGUAAUCAUUUCAGAUUGUACAAUGGAAAAGCAGCAGAGGCUGAGCUUAAAGCACUCCAGGAAAUGGCAUCUUCAUCAUUCCAGUUUGCACAAGAUUUAAUCAAGCACAAUCAGGUUGUAUUCCGUAAUGGUGAUGGUUCUCUUCAAGUUCUGCCACCUCUUAUUGGUGUGAUACCAGAGGCCAGGCUCAAUCUUGUCAUCCACUUUUUAAAGCAAGAUGAUGUUCAAGAGGCAUAUAAUCUUAUCAAAGACUUGGAACCAACAACACCUCAGGAAUACAUUUUGAAAGGCGUAGUCAAUGCAGCACUUGGCCAGGAACAAGGAUCUCGGGAACACUUAAAGAUUGCCCAACAAUACUUUCAGUUAGUUGGUGGCUCUGCUAGUGAAUGUGACACAAUACCAGGGCGUCAGUGCAUGGCAUCAUGUUUUUUCUUGUUGAAGCAAUUUGAGGAUGUGCUUAUAUAUUUAAAUUCCAUAAAGAGCUACUUUUACAAUGAUGAUACAUUCAAUUUUAACUAUGGUCAAGCAAAAGCAGCUGUUGGAAACUUUAAAGAAGCAGAAGAA